ACUAUUCUUCCAACCUUGGAUGCUUUUAUUAGCAAAGAACACAACGAAAAAUUUUCUGAAAGUGAUUCUUCAACGAAAAUUAUUGCGAAAAACUACAAAAACAAAAGUUCGAACAGAAACUACAGAAAAGUAAAAAACUCAACGAGAAAACCAAUUUUAUUCAAAAGACUGAUUAACAUGAAUAGAAAACUAAAAAUGAUAAAAUAUUUCGGUCAUUAUGAGCACAGAAUCAUAUUUUUGGGAUUUUUAGUUUGCAUUGGAUUGUACUCAGCAAAGAUUGGAGCAUCUUCGAUUGGACACAUACAUCCGGACUUUAGUAUACUAAAAAACGUCCUAGAAGCCAGCCAAACCUCUGAUUGCAAGAAAAACUUCAACCCGGAAGCCAUUGAAAGGUCACGUCGUAUACGAAGAGAAAUUGCUUCCUCAGAACCGAAGUCAGACGCUCCACUAGGUAUGCCAUCAUGUCUAGAUCAGACGGACCCAACGUAUUAUGUGUCAAAGUAUCACAGAAAAGUCUGCAAAGCAACAGUGACACUCGUCUACCAAGUAUUUUUCGAAAGAAACGCAACCGAAUCCGAGUUCAAAGAUUGGUUCGAAAAAUGCGUAUCAAGGGAAGUGAACGAAGCUUACUUGCUCUGGAAAUUCGCUGAAGACGAAGAACAUAUUGAAAUGCUAAAAAAGAAAAAACGACAGAAAAUGGAGAAAGAAGUCGAAGAAAGCAUGAAGACUGAGGCGAUUGAAGAGAAUCCGCAGAAUGAAACAGAACCAAUUAAGAAUUCAGAGGAAGACCCUCUGGCCGUUCCGAUGAAAAUGCGAUUGCCGGAAGAGGAAUACUCUGAAGAACUGAACGAUCCGGAAAGUGAGGAAUUCAAGAAGAAAUCGGAUGAAUAUGGCGAAGCGCUUGCAGAUGCUUUGAAAGACGAUGUACCUGGAUUAACAGGAGUGAAAGUCUUGGGAUUCUCAAACGGAAGUUUGGUCGUGUACUAUGAAUUGAUCUUUGAAGACGGAGUAAAGAACGUUUCCAUGCUGUACGAAGGAGAUGGAACAGAUCCGCCCAAACCCGGCGAACCUUUUGAUCAAGAGAAAUUUGCAAAGAAUGUCAAAACCAAAGUAAAAGAAGUGAUAAAGGAAGCAAUAUCAAACCCAGAAAAACGAGACGGUAAAUCAGAUAACCCGAUACUGACCAAGACAAACGUUGACCUGGAUUCGUUGGACACGAUUUCUGACGAUGUUGUUCACGACUUAGUCAAACUGAAUCCCGAUGCGCCGAUUGUCAAAGUUGAUCCGAUAACACAACAAGAUGAAGGCAAUGGGGAUGGAUCUGGUUCUGGUAGGGGGAAAAAUAAAGACGAACAACCUUCAACAAAUGAGAAGUCCGAAGUCGAAAACCCCGAUGAAGGGGAAGACAAGGAUGAGGAGCCAGCCAACACGGAAUCUUCAACAACAACAACAUCUGCAACAACCAUAACCACAACAACUCUCGAUAAUGAAGCAUUUGUCACAGAACCGAGUCUGAAAAAUGAUGUAACUACAGAUCCAACCGAUGAAUCUCCAAAUCCUAAUUCUCAUCUUGACUCCCCUGAAUAUCUAGACUCGUUGGAUGACAACGGAGAAAAUCACUAUGACAACGAUGAUGACGACGAAGUCAAUAAUAAUGACGUCACAACCAUUUCUGCAACAACAACUAGCGUUACGACGACCGUUCCUACAACGACCGCACCAACUGAAAGUGACGUCACAAAUAACUAUGAAGACGUAACUCAAGAUGACGUCAUUAAUGACGUAACCAGGAUCAAUACAGUCGAUCAAACAAUCAACGAUACAUAUGCUCAAGUUACAACUCCGUCUAUUAAUGUUGAAAAUUCAGCAACGCCAGAAUCGCUGAAAAAUGGAACUACUGAAACGCCAGAAAAGACGGAAAGUGAAAGAAUAGCAGCGGAAGAAGGAAACCCACUGCCUGGAACAAAUAUUAAUGAUCUGAGUCAGACAGUUUUUAUGAAAUUACGAGUCACGAAUAUGAACUACACAAAGAAUCUGACGGAUAGACAAAGCGAAGAGUUUAAGAUAUUGGAAACGAAAUUUACGCAGCUUUUAAGGCCACUUCUUCAAUCAAUGGAUGGAUUUGUUGGGAUGGAGGUCGUAGGAUUCAGUUACGGGUCACUGGUUGUGAACAAUGAAUUACAUUUCAAAGAACACGCCCCUGAAAAUGUCAAGGAAGACGUAAGAAAACGAAUCGAAGCAGCCGAAGGAUAUUUCAAAUACGCCCAUCUGGCGGUGGAUACAAAUGCAUUGGAAAUUCUGAAACCUAAUGAAGCCAACCUUUGUGAAUUCGUCCAAUGUCAACUCUACUCAGAUUGCGUCGUUCGGACAAGUUUCAAAACUGAAUGUGUUUGUAGGCCGGGAUAUAUAUCCGUUGAUCCGCGAAACUGUGUGUCUUUGUGUGACCUCGAACCAGGAUAUUGCAGAAACGGCGGGAAAUGCCACAUAGUCCCGGGUAGAGGAGCCGUUUGCAGAUGUCAGGUCCAAUAUAACUGGGCGUAUAGUGGAGAAAGAUGCGAAGACUUGUUGCCAAAAUCUGUCUUGCUGGUCAGUGUGUCAACUGGAGUAGCUUGUGUAAUGUUCAUGCUCUUGCUGGCUGGUUCGUUCUAUUUCUUCUAUCGGCGAAGACGAAAUAGGAAAGCGGAUAAGCUUGCAAUGGAGGCCGAAGACAAGGAUUUUAUGAGGGCUGCUCAAGUAAUGUCCGGCCACAAGAGAUCGGGAGGACCAGAGAGACUGCAAAGAGUGAAUCCUAUGUUCGUUCAAGAAGGCAGUCCAACGUCUGAUUUCAAACAAAUAUCUACAAGUACGGGUCACACCCCAAGCACAUCAACGUCAUCGCUCGGUCACAGGUCAGAUGGAUCAACCUCAACUUCCAGUUUCUUUGUGAGAGAACAGCUUGGACACAAUGGGCCGAUCCCUGGCGAUAUGGACACACCAGAGAGACGAAUGCUUAACUUACAAGUUGGGCAAUACCCGAAUCACAGGCAGACAUGGUGCCGAGAGGAUGACGAUAAAAAUAAGAAAUCGAAGAAAGACAAACGGGUAGAAAGAAUGAAGACACCGCUCCGACGUUGAAGAAAAAUUAGACUUUUGUUUUCGCGUUUUUCAAUACUUGCCUGGACAAGCCAGUUAAUAUAGUUGACUAAUGAUUGUGAUGUCUCUGGACCUGUUGAAAAUAAGACUGUUCUUGUCAAUUUUUUCGAAGCGUUUCUACCCCCUCAGUGACUUACUAAAAGCUGUUCGAAAGUUCAUCUUUGAUAGAUUUCAAUUUAUUGUUACAAAAUUUUAACAAUUUAAAGCACGAUGGUACUGGGCCUUAAAUAUUUCAGUUCUUAGUCAGGCAUGUGUACGCGAAGAGCCUUCGUUUGAGCAAAAGCGGAAACAAUUUAUAAAUCGAGUCAUUGUAUAUAUUUAUAUCCAAAAUUUAACAUACAUUUUCUUGUACAAAAAAGUGGGUGUUUGUGCCUUUUUAU